GGGAGGCGGGAGGGGCGGGCGGCUGGCCUGGCUGGGGCGGCAUGAACCUAUAUAUGCGGCAACCCAGCUGUGAGGCCCCUCUGCGGGAUCUGUCCCUCUGCACCAUGGCCUGCGUCCUGUGGUUGCUGCUCGUGGUGCCCAAACUGGCCGCCCCUCUUCGGUGGGACACGUCUCCGUUCAUCAUCUCGGAGAGCGACCGGGCAGAGUCCGCAUGCCCUUUGGAGUGCCCCCACGAACGGGGCCGCCCCAUUUGUGGCUCUGACGGGAAGCUCUACAAGUCGCCCUGCCUCUUCCAAAGGGCCCGGUGCCGGGACCCUUCCCUCGAGGCUUUGCCCCGCUUCCGGUGUGGGGUGGCCGCCCACCGAGAACCAAACAGUGCCAACCUCACCCGAUGCCAAGAGGACCGGAUGGCGGCCCUCUCACAGUCCCGCCGCCAGGCCCAUGGGACAUACGUCCCCGAAUGCGACGAAGGAGGCUCCUUCCAGCAGGUCCAGUGCCACAAACAGACUGGUUACUGCUGGUGCUCCACUCCAGAAGGCAAGCCCAUCAGUGGAACCUCAGUCCUUAAUGGGACUCCCAAUUGCACAGGAUCCUACACGGUGCGGACUUCAUGGCAAGAUCCGAACUCUUCCCGGAGAGAGGAAGGCGUCCGGCCCCGGCCCACCGCCCCAAGCCCCCUGCCCCACAAGCAGGAAGAAGGGACGUCGUUGCCUUUCUUGAUUCCCAUCAUCAUCCCAGAUUUCAAGCCCAACCGAACAGUGAAGCAGAUUCAAGACUACCCACCCUCCUGUGAACAGGAGCGGCGCGAAGCCAUCGACGAGGCCCGGCAGCACCAGCAAGAGGGCACCUUCAUCCCUGAAUGUGAGGGAGACGGCACGUACAAGGCCGUCCAGUGCCACCAGGCCACCGGGUAUUGCUGGUGCGUGCGGACGGACACCGGGCGACCUGUUCCGGGGACCUCUACGCGAAACUUCCCUCCAGACUGUGAAUUGGACACAGCAGCCAAAAGCACGGAAAUGGGUUCCCUUUACCGGGACCGAACAUUACCAGGUUGCCCUGGUCCCAAAAAGGCAGAGUUCCUCUCCAACCUGAUCAAAGCCUUAGCUACGGAUAUGUUACAGUCACGGAUGAUGCCUGUCCCAUACCGCAGGCUUUCAGAGGGCCUGGCGGGCCCCAGCCUGGAGGAGCGUGCGGUGCGCUGGCAGUUUGUGCGCCUGGACAAAGACUUCAGCAACAGCAUCAGCGAGCGGGAGCUGCGGCCCCUGAAGCUGUACAUGAAGAAGAACACCCGGCCCAAGCGCUGCGUCCGCAAGUUCCUGGACUACUGCGACUUGAACGAGAACAAGCUCAUCUCCCUCCACGAGCUCAAAGGCUGCCUGGGCUUGAGCUAACCCUCCUGGCUUUUCAUUGGGGGAAUUGGCCUUCUCCCCCCUCCGCUGCAUUCCCACCUUUCGGUUGCAGACUCUUUGCACUUUAAAGAGAGACGGGCUGGACUUUCGGCCGAGAAGAUGGACAUCCCUUGCGAAACGGGGAGGAAACCCAUAGCUGCCGGUCUACUUUCAGUUCCCUCCCGUUGGCUUUCGACUUUUAGAUAACAAAACCCUGCAGGAACCACCUGUCUUUGAAAAUAAAAAUACUCAUAAAUAACACAAUACUGUAAUCUUUGCUUGAUUUUUAAGGUGUAAUUUUAAAGGGGAAAAAUAUGAAUGUAAAGAACAUCAUCGUUUUUUAAAGUAGCAUUAAUCUCUGUUUUUUUUUUUUUUUAGUUGCUGCCUCUACAUAAAACGUUGAGUUUUAACACAAAUUGUACUCUUGUUUAUUUGAAUCAAUAAAUUAUAGAUAUACAAGA